AUGGGCUCGUUUACUCCCUCGGAAUGGGACCCGGUAUACAAAAACUGCUGCGAGGGUUUACAACCAGGUGGCUGGAUUAAACAGCUAGAAGAAAACCCACGUGUCCACUACGACGACGGCAGUGUCCCAGAUAACAAAUGUGCAUGGGUGCUGGAGGACGAGGCAUGCAAGGCGGCCGAUAACUGGGGUCGUCCAAUCACAGUCGCCGACACAAUGAAAUCGUCGCUGGAGAAGGCGGGAUUCGUGGAUGUGCAUGCGAAGACAUACAAGUGGCCCAUUGGGGCAUGGAUCAAAGAUCCCGUUCUCAAGGAGGCUGGAAAUUUGCACUACCAUCAGUGGGCAUCGGAGCCCGGGGGUGGUGUGUGGGCUCCGACGUUGCGAUAUCACAAGGGCGUGUUCUACGUGGCGGCUGCCAGCUUCUCCCGUUAUCGACCGCAGGAAGAUGAUCGCGUCUGGCCACAGGGGUUUUACGUGAAAACAACCAAUAUCUGGGACGACGCUACAUGGUCCAAUCCGGUCUAUUUUGACCAGGUUGGAUUCGAUCAGGAUCUUUUCUGGGAUGAUGACGGGACGGUGUAUCUUUCGUCUACUUAUCGGAAGUUGGAGCGGACUCCAAAUGCGAAUAUCAAGGAUUUUGCCGUGCACGUUUGCACUGUGGAUCUGGACACGGGCCAUUCUACCUCUGAGCCAAGGCUGAUUCGUGAGUCGGUCUCUGGAGUUGCAGAGGGCUCACAUAUUUUCAAACGCGGUCGUUAUUAUUAUUUGUUUACUGCAGAGGGAGGCACCGAAAGUGGACAUUGUGAAUGGGUCAGUCGAAGUGCGGACGGGCCGUUUGGACCUUGGGAGCUGGGGCCUAAUAAUCCGCUUUGGCUCAAUGGGGUGGAAGAUGAGGUGCAGAAUACAGGUCAUGCAGAUCUGGUUGAAGAUGCUGGGGGUCAAUGGUGGGCGGUGCUUCUUGGUGUUCGACCUGUUCAGCGUGGAGAUAAGUGGGAGGAAUCUGUCCUAGGUCGCGAGACAUUCCUCGUCCCCGUCAACUGGGAAAAUGACUGGCCAGUGAUCGACGGAGGAAAGAUCUCUCUUCAAAUGACCGGGCCAGGACUCUACCACCAAACAAAGGCAGUAUCCUGGAAAGACGAUUUCUCGCAGCCUGAACUGAAGAUUGGCUGGUACAGAAAGAACACGCCGCUGACAACGGACUAUUCCCUUACUGAGCGCCCUAAUCACCUCCGGCUUCAUGGCGGCCCGUAUAACCUUUCCGUGCCUGCUUGUCCAACUCUUUUUUUGCGCAAACAGAUCCAUCGCUUUUGCACCUGGGAAACAAAAUUGAGCUUCCAGCCAGACUCCGAGCACAUCGAAGCGGGAACUGUGCUGUGGUGGAACUACUUCACGUAUACCAGCCUUGGUAUUCGAAGAAUAAACGGUACAAACCGAAUUCUGCGGCUUCGUCAAUCAGAUGGAAAUACUUCGGAUUAUGAAUUAUCUUUAGCGACUGAUGUGAUACUUGUGAUUGAGUGUGGUGACCAAUACCGAUUCGGAUACUGCGAAUCAACCGAUUCUGAGAUCAAUUGGAUUGGCACAGUAGACAAUCUAACCGCAGCUCAAGCACCGCCUGUGGGGGCACCAUUUACAGGAAUGAUGCUUGGGCUGUAUGCAUUUGGUGAGAGGCAACGGAGUAUGACUCCUGCAGACUUUUCAUAUGCAGAGUUCAAGUAA